GUCAUCUCCUUCCCACGCUCACCUUCAUUUAUCCAUUCUCAAUUGAAUCACUUCUCCACAUUCCGCAAGCGUAUUCAGCUUUAUUUAUUUAUUUAUUUUGACGUACACGACUACGUUGAAAGUUCUGACUUGUUAUUCGUUACAGCAAACAUUCAUUGGAUGGAACUAUGGCUCAGCAAAAAGUAUCUUUCAAGAAAUGGUGGAAGAAUAUCACAGGAACUAAGGCAACAAAAGUAGGACUUUUUCAUGUCGAGCUCGUUGACUCCAUCGUCUAUGCAGGAGUGCCAGUGCAAUACACGGUUAAUGGCCAAACGCGGUGUCAGGGAUAUAUUCCCACCAUAGUUUCAAAAUGUGGCUGGUACUUGAAAGAAAACGCCACAAAGGCGCGAGGCAUCUUUCGAGUCAGCGGGUCUGCUAAGCGCGUAUCGGAGCUACAGUUGAUCUUUGAUACACCGCCAAAAUAUGGGAGUCAACUGGACUGGACCGGCUACACAAUCCAUGAUGCAUCAAACGUUUUCCGUCGAUACCUUAAUCAUCUACCAGACCCAGUCAUCCCAUUGGAGUUCUAUGAGCGGUUUCGGGAUGUUCAUCGGAAUUUGACAGACGAAGAGGAACAGAUUGCUGCAUAUCAGGAGUUAAUCAGUAAAUUACCUCCACCACACUCUUGUCUCCUCAUGUACUUACUGGAUCUAUUGGCUCUUUUCGCCUAUCACAGCGAAGAUAAUCUCAUGGAUUCAAAGAAUCUAGCUUCUGUUUUCCAACCCGGAGUCAUAUCACAUCCGAACCAUGCCAUGUCUCCUGGAGAAUACAUGACCUCUGCAGCAGUACUAAAGUUCCUCAUCGAUCAUCAAAGCAGACCAGCAACCUCAGCACCAACAUAUGAUCCCAAAUCGUGA